UAAAGUAGGUGGGAACUCAAUAAAGUCCCAGAGACUCAAACACUGACGCACAGGAAAGCCUCAAGUGGGUGGAGAAAUGCAAAUCCUCUAGUGGCAUGGCGUCAGCGGCUGCGGACCCUGACUUUGGACUUGUGCAGCGCCAGCAGUUGGAAGGAGGGAGAGCCAGCAUGACCCAGUGGAAUCAAGUCCAACAAUUAGAAAUCAAGUUUUUGGAGCAAAUAGAUCAGUUUUACGAUGACAACUUUCCUAUGGAGAUCCGGCAUCUGCUGGCCCAGUGGAUUGAGAAUCAAGACUGGGAAAUGGCUUCUAACAAUGAAACCAUGGCAACAAUCCUCCUUCAGAACUUGCUAAUCCAGCUGGAUGAGCAGUUGGGUCGAGUUUCCAAAGAGAAAAACCUGCUACUGAUCCACAAUCUAAAGAGAAUUAGAAAAGUUCUUCAGGCAAAGUUUCACGGAAAUCCGAUGCAUGUAGCCGUGGUGAUCUCCAACUGCUUAAGGGAAGAGAGGAGAAUACUGGCUGCGGCCAACAUGCCUAUCCAGGGACCUCUGGAGAAAUCCUUACAAAGUUCUUCAGUUUCAGAGAGACAGAGAAACGUGGAGCACAAAGUAGCUGCCAUUAAAAACAGCGUGCAGAUGACAGAACAAGACACCAAAUACUUAGAAGAUCUUCAAGAUGAAUUUGACUACAGGUACAAAACAAUUCAGACAAUGGACCAUGGUGACAAGAAUAGCACCCUGAUGAACCAGGAAGUGUUGACACUGCAAGAAAUGCUUAAUAGCCUAGACUUCAAGAGAAAGGAAGUGCUCAGGAAGAUGUCCCAAAUAGUGAUUGAGACGGACAUGCUAAUGAACAGCAUAUUGAUUGAAGAGCUGCAGGAUUGGAAGAGGCGGCAGCAGAUCGCCUGCAUCGGUGGCCCGCUCCACAGUGGGCUGGACCAGCUUCAGAACUGCUUCACCCUGCUGGCCGACAGCCUCUUCCAGCUCAGGCGGCAGCUGGAGAAGUUAGAGGAACAAUCUACCAAGAUGACCUACGAAGGGGACCCCAUCCCCACUCAAAGAGCACACCUGCUGGAGAGAGUCACCUUCCUCAUCUACAACCUUUUCAAGAACUCUUUUGUGGUUGAGCGACAGCCAUGCAUGCCGACACACCCUCAGAGGCCGAUGGUACUCAAAACCCUCAUUCAGUUCACUGUAAAACUGAGACUACUAAUAAAGUUGCCAGAAUUGAACUAUCAGGUGAAGGUAAAGGUGUCAAUUGACAACAAUAGAAGAUUUGUUCUUUGUGGAACUCACGUCAAAGCCAUGUCCAUGGAGGAAACUUCCAAUGGAAGCCUCUCCGUGGAAUUUAGACAUUUGCAACCAAAGGAGAUGAAAGCGAGUGCUGGAAAUAAAGGAAAUGAGGGCUGUCACAUGGUGACAGAGGAGCUACAUUCCAUAACCUUUGAGGCCCAGAUCUGCCUCUACGGCCUCACCAUUGACUUGGAGACCAGCUCGUUACCUGUGGUGAUGAUUUCUAAUGUCAGCCAGCUGCCCAAUGCAUGGGCAUCCGUCAUCUGGUACAACGUGUCAACCAACGACUCCCAGAACUUGGUUUUCUUUAAUAACCCUCCAUCUGUCACUUUGAGUCAACUCCUGGAAGUGUUGAGCUGGCAGUUUUCAUCCUAUGUUGGACGUGGCCUUAAUCCAGACCAGCUCAACAUGCUGGCAGAGAAGGUCACAGUUCAGUCUAACUACGGUGAUGGUCACCUCACCUGGGCCAAGUUCUGCAAGGAACAUUUGCCUGGCAAACCAUUUACCUUCUGGACCUGGCUUGAAGCAAUAUUGGACCUAAUUAAAAAGCAUAUUCUUCCUCUGUGGAUCGAUGGGCACAUCAUGGGCUUUGUUAGCAAAGAGAAGGAACGGUUUCUGCUCAAGGAUAAAACGCCUGGGACAUUUUUGCUACGAUUCAGUGAGAGCAAUCUUGGAGGGAUAACCUUCACCUGGGUGGACCAUUCAGAAAAUGGAGAAGUGAAAUUCCACUCUGUAGAACCCUACAACAAAGGGCGGCUAUCAGCUCUGCCAUUUGCCGACAUCCUGAGAGACUACAAGGUUAUCAUGGCUGAAAACAUCCCUGAAAACCCUCUGAAGUACCUCUACCCUGACAUUCCCAAAGACAAAGCCUUCAGUAAACACUAUAGCUCCCAGCCUUGCGAAGUUUCAAGACCAACAGAACAGGGAGACAAAGGUUACGUUCCUUCUGUUUUUAUCCCCAUUUCAACAAUCCGAAGUGAUUCCAUGGAGCCACAGUUUCCUUCAGACCUUCUCCCCAUGUCUCCAAGUGUAUAUGCUGUGCUGAGAGAAAACCUGAGCCCCACGACCAUUGAAACUGCAAUGAAGUCCCCCUGUUCUCCUGAAUGACAAUAUAAACUGACUCUUCAAAGAAGGAAACAUGAAAAUCGAGACCGUUCUUUGUCAAAGACCACAAGUUAAUUCUUCAGCUUUGUAAAUGCUGGUUUUAAAAAAUGGUAGGAAGUCCAAAGGUCUCUUCCACUAGGCAACACCCCCAACUAGGAGUGCUGUGGCCAAAAUGCUAAAACCCAAAGCUUCAGAUAAGCUUACAAGAAAAGACAGCUUUAAGAAACCAAUGUUGGUAACAAUAUAACAGGACUCCUUUGA